CCCCACCCCGUCGAGACAGACACCGUACGAUGCGCAGGGAGGGACGCUGAAGGACGGGGACAGGAGGACGGACAAGGGAUGAGAAGAGCAACCACAGAGGAGAGCCGCUGUCAGCCUGUCGCAGAGGAGGAAGAGGAGGAGGAGGAGAGAGGGAAGCAGACACAUCUGCGGUGACUUGCGGGGAUUCAGCUGGGUGAGAGGGGAGGCAUAGCUACACAACAUUCUUCUGAUGCCAGCAUUUUUCACCCCGGGUAUGAGGGAUAAAUAGGGCGCGUCGGGUCCUGCUCCUGCAGCACUGCUUAAGUUAUAUUCGCAAUUCUAUUAUUUUUUUUUUUUUUAUUUUUUUUUUUUUUGGACUGUGUCUCCUUUACAAGUAGCCGGAUUUUUUUUUCUAGGAAGGUAGAGUUUCCAGCACCCCCCGGGCGCAAAUGUAGACCCACCGAAGGAGGGGGGGAAAGGAGGGCUGAUCUCAUCAGAAGAUACCGGGCGCCACCUUCUUCUCCUUCUCCUCCUUACAUAAAUGCCCGCGUGCCGUUAGUGCUCUCCUGCUCCUCUCCAGAACAGACACACGCAUUUUACGCACACGCGGCCAGACGCGGACAUCAUCGGUCACACAUGCGGUGGUAGGAACCGUCUCCUCGCGCUCCCCCCCACCCUCCACCCCACCUCCACUGUCUGAUGAGUCCCCCGCGCACAGGUGGACGUGGUACGGAGCCUACUGUAGCAUCAUCGUCCUCAACACCACCACCACCCUCCUCCUCCUCCUCCUCCUCCUCACCACCACCAUGUCCUCGUCCUCGCGCAAGAUUUCAUCCGAGUCGUUCAGCAGCUCGGUGGGCUCGGACUGCGGGCUCGAAAGCCCCGGAGGAGACGGAGGGGACGGCGCUUUGGAGCCGGCCGACGAGAGCCGGGGCUGCCCGUUCUCCUCCUUCCCGUCGUCCCACAGAGCGGUGCUCUGGAACGGCCGCAGCCCCGCCGAGAGGUCGGCGUGCCCGGCGGGCGAGGAGCAGCGGGGACCCUGCGUACCCCACAAGAGGGCGACCAGGCGGCGGAGGGUCAACCUGGACUCGCUGGGGGAGAGCCUGAAGCGACUCACUUCACCCACGACACAGACUGUUCAGGAGGCUCUUCAGCGAACUCUGCAGUUCUACAGACAGCAAGAGAUCAGGUGCCAGGAUGUUGGAGGUGGUGAAAGGCAGCAUGAAAAGAAAGAGGAAAAAUGCCCGUUUCUUGAAAACUCGGGUUCAGAGGAAGACGUCCUACAGAUUCUGCAGUACAUGGCCACAAUAUUGGGAGUACCGUUCUGCGAGCUGCGAGAGCAUUUUGGCGAGGAGUUUUUUGGCCUCUGCUUCGAGGAGAACGAGCGAGUGCUGCGGGCCGUGGGCGGCAACCUUCAGGAUUUCUUCAAUGGCUUUGACGCCAUUUUAGAGCACAUUCGCACCUCCACGGGGCGCCGAGCCUCCUCUGAGAGCCCUUCCUUUCAGUGCAAGGACCCCCGCGAAGAGGAGAAAGGUAGAGGGAAAUUGGAGAGACUUGGAAAUCGUGGCGGCAGAGGGAAGGUGUUGUUUCUUCACUGUUUCAACCCCGCACCUGUUGUGGGAUUAGUUAUGCCAGGUUUGAUUAGAGCUGUUGCCAGGCGGAUCUUUCAUUCAGAGGUUGAGGUGGAAGAGGUGCCGCCUCUAACCCCCCUGUUGCCAAACGAAGACGCAGAACAUACAGAUUGCGAUUCUUCAACCCCCACUCCCACUGCGUCCCCCACUGCCUCGCCCUCCUCGUCCCCCUCGCCUCCAUCUCUUUUUCCAACCUCAGUCCCUACAGUUUGUCUAUCCUUCUUAAUCCAAGAGACUUGCCUCUCUCCCCUAUCCCCCAUCCCAAAUUCAGCCUCUGUGAGCACUAACCGCCCCCCGCUGCCCCUGUCCACCAACCCCAGCGAUCUUCGCAUCUCCCUGGCUACGUUUUGCCGUGCCUUCCCCUUCCACCUGGUCCUGGGGCAUCGCAUGGAGCUGCUGCAGCUCGGAGAAGGACUGAGGAAGCAGGCUCGCAUUGAGCCUCACCGGAUACUCUCAUUUAGGGACUGUUUUGAGAUCGUCUCACCCAAGAUGGAACCCUCUUUCCAGGGCAUACUGCUGAGACUCGCAUCCCCAUUCACUAUCCGUACCAGGCCCGACCCCAUGCAGGCUGGCACCAAGGAGAAGGUUAUGGAGUUAAAGGGUCAGAUGAUCCACGUCCCUGAGUCCUGCUCCUUGAUGUUUCUGGGCUCUCCGCGUGUCGAUAAGCUGGAGGAGCUGAUGGGCCGCGGUCUGCAUCUGUCAGACAUUCCCAUCCACGAUGCCACACGAGAUGUUAUCCUGGUAGGGGAGCAAGCCAAAGCCCAGGACGGCCUAAAGAAGAGAAUGGACAAACUAAAGGCCACCUUAGAGAGGACCCAUCAGGCGCUGGAGGAAGAGAAACGGAGGACCGUGGAUCUGCUCUACUCCAUAUUUCCGGGUGAUGUGGCGCAGAAGCUGUGGCAGGGUCAGCACGUGCCGGCGCGUAAAUUCAACGACGUCACCAUGCUGUUCUCGGACAUCGUGGGCUUUACGGCCGUGUGUGCCCACUGCACACCUAUGCAGGUCAUCUCGAUGCUCAACGAGCUCUACACACGCUUCGACUACCAGUGCGGCAUUCUGGAUGUCUAUAAGAUUGAAACAAUAGGUGACGCCUACUGUGUGGCAGGAGGACUUCAUAAGAAGGUUGAAAGCCAUGCUAAACCAAUCGCCCAAAUGGCUCUAAAAAUGAUGGAGCUUUCUGAGGAAGUGCUAACGCCCGACGGGAAGCCUAUCAAGCUAAGAAUAGGCAUCCACACAGGUUCGGUGCUGGCAGGCGUGGUUGGGGUUAAGAUGCCACGGUAUUGCCUGUUUGGGAACAACGUGACUCUAGCCAGCAAGUUCGAAUCAGGAAGCCAACCAAGGUGCAUCAACGUUAGCCCAACGACCUACCAACUGCUGAAAGACGAGCGCUCUUUCUCCUUCAUCCCUCGUUCUCGGCUGGAGCUCCCAGAUAAUUUUCCCAAAGAGAUUCCAGGGACAUGUUACUUCCUGGAGGCAGGGACUUCCCACAGCCACGCCUCGCUCACCAGCUCUCGCUCGGCUCCCCCGGCCUCUAUGAGGAAGGUCUCCUACAGCAUCGGGACAAUGUUUCUAAGAGAAACCAGUUUGUAGGUCCGUGCGCGGGUGUUCAGGCGGGAGCGACUGGACUUGAACCCCCAGAGGACACCCAGGUAAACCAGUCACACAGAGCCGUGGUUAUGCAAAUGUGUUAUGUAAGACGUGGGAUUCGCACCUGAUUGGUGAAAGAUGCUUUCAUCGUAGAUGAAAGAGAACAACUGUCCCCUUCUCCCCCCCCCGAGCAGUGGAGAUAUUCUUCAAACGACCUGAGGGACGGCAGCUGCACUAGUCCUUUUUCUACCCUCCAAGAGGUGGACAGGUAUAAUGGCGUCCAGACAAAGACUGCGCUCCAGCCGGAUGUCUCAACUACAGCCCUAGUUCUCAUCAGUGGUCCGCGCUCAGACGAUACCCAGACCUUUGUCCGGAUUGAACAGAACUGGGUUAAGACUGACAGAGACCACACUCAUGACCACUGUUGCCCUCAUUCGCUACGUGCAAACAGAACAAAACCCCUUUCUCAUGUGUAAGGUGGGUGCUGAAGAAUGAAUUUUGUAUGACCCGCUGUCCAUCAUGUCCAGCAUGUCCAAGCCGGGCCGCCAGUAGGAGAAACAACACAACUCUCUGCGUCCUUCAUUCACAUCUGUCUUUAGGUCAGGUUACGCUUUAGUAAAUAUAGGAGCUCCUGCUCAAAACUGUUAACAUGAGGCCAGCUGGCUGGGGUUUGUCAAGGAAACAAAUGGGUUUGUUUUAAACAGGUAAACGACUGAAAGCUAAUGCCAACCAGAGUCGAACCAGUCCAGACGUACAGCCUUUAUUGUUUCGGGCCCUCCGCAAACUAUAGCAGACAAUGCUUUAAUAAUGCAGAGAAACAGAGCGCGCAUAACACAAGAGUUAGGAUUGCUCUCAGCAGCUUCGUGCUUCUUUGUUUUUUUAGCGCGUUUCAUGCUUCUGCCUCUUUUCCGUGAAAUCAGUUGUCGGCAUUUACCAGCUCGUGCUUUCUUCCAUUCAGCCGAUCAGCAUCUUCUACCCACAUGUAGCAUCGUCGGAAAGCUUCGCUUUUAGAGGGGACCUGCACAGCUCCGUCUGCAGCUUGCUUAGAGCUUGAUCUUUCCAUGUGCGCAGGAUUUACUGGAUUGUUGUGCUGUUUUUUUUUUUUUUUUGUUUGUUUUGUUUGUGGAGCGGUUCACAGUUCCUCACCCCAGUCCUGAAAGAAUGUCGAAUCAAAGUUUUCAAAGGUGAUUUUCUUCUAAUUGCACUGUUUAUAAAGACUGAUGGAAAAGUCCUGCAGUCACUUUAGCCUGUGCAAACUUCAGCUAUACACAGUUAAGCCCAACAUUAUUCACACCGCCCACUGAUUUCGAUUUUUUUUUUUUUUUUUUUACUGUUAUUUUUUUCAUAACCUCCAGGUCUUUGAGCUUGAAAGGCCUCCUUGUUCUCACCCUAAACUUUAGCUCCCUCCAAAGACAUUUUUUUUAUUCAUCAGAGUUUUGAUCAGGCAGGACAACAACAGGGCCUCUCCACAGUGUCGAUGUUACUUUGAGUCAGGAAACUUUUACUUUUCACCUAACUCUGCCUGGAGCAUGAAUCAUUUUGGGCUGUGUACCUGUUUGCUGGCAGACUGAGUACGACUUGCUGAAUGAAUAACUCAGGCUGUCCCAGACGCCUACAAACAUGCUUAUUUAAAAUUGGCCAUCAAAAAGUGGGGCUAAGGGUUUUUGGAAAGUGUGUUUUUUGACUAUUUCAGAGACUCUCUAAAGAUUUAUUCUUCUCUGUUCUAAAGUAGCUUUUAUUUAUUGCUCUUAAUUAUGUUCUAUGAAAUUCCAACCCAGACGUCAGAAAUAGAAAAGUCGGGUGAAAGAAAGAGAAGUACAGAAAGUGACAGAGCAGUGGCGCUCGUUUUCAUGCUAACGUUGUAAUAAGAUCGUCACUGCUUAUUCUAAUACGUUAUUCAUUCAAAACAAGUUCAAAAAUGAUAGUGAUUACCUAGGCUUAAAUAUGCUUACCUACUUCUUAGAUUUAAAAAAACGCAUUAGGCUUUUUUUUUUCUUUAGAUUUCUGUUUUAUUUUCAGCUAGAGGUCAGUUAUAUAACUAUAAUCCUCCAUCGAUGCAUUGGCAGAAAAGCAUCAUACCAUUUUGCAAAGUGAUGUAGCAGGACUUAAAAGUAAUAAAUAAAAAUGUGCCAAUUUAAUUCAAAGAUGCCACCAGCACAGGUUCAUCAUGAUGCUGAAGCAACAGCGGGGUUUCUGUGUGUCGUUCUGAAAGAUUAUUAAUCAAGUGUAGGAGUCUGUUCCUCUCUGAAACAUGUGCCAUAUGAGAAAUCACUCACUGUUUGUUGGAUGCAAAAAAUACUAUUGCUAACACAAAAAAUAGGGCCAUUCCCCCCCUCCCCCUCCCCGCAAGUCAUGUAAAGAAAAGCGACACCAGCUUUAAAAUGCAAUAUUUCAUAUUGGUAGAAGUGAUGAAUAACACAAUUAUCGACUUUUAACAUGCCUGAGCAGUGAACUAUUGUCAUUGUGUGUGUUAAAUAACUAAAUGAAUAAGCAGAUGAAUAAUGAACUGACGGGAUGUUAAGGAAACUAUUAAAUUGCUAAAUUAAAAAGCGAUUACACAGCGGGUGGAAGUACAUCUGAAAAUAUAGAAUUUUCUGUUUUCUGAAAUUUGCUUUCCAGUUGUAGGUCAGUGUCAUCACAUCUGAUCAGUGUUUUUUCUGCAGCGGUCGGGUUGUUGUGCUCUAACUCUGUUUCAUCAGAUGAGUUUGAAAAUACAGCCGCUGUCCUGGGAUCAACAUGUUAACGCAGCUUUGCACAAGAGGGAUUUGGACUUCGAAGGGGCUAAAUGUGAUCAUGCAGCCAUUUUUACAGAAAAGGGGCAAAAUGAGGAUUUGUUAGGUUUAAAAAAAAAAGACUUUUCACAGAUUAAAUAUGGAGCUGAAAACAUAAAUGUCCAGACACUGUUUUAAAAGACUCAAUAAUUAUUCUCACUCUCUGGUGUUUAAUCAGACUAAGUUUCCUGUUUUACGUCAGCUAGGGUUACUAAAUGUGUUACGAUUUAAUAAAUGCAAGAAAAAUGGUGGAGAGAAACUUUUCAAGGAAUUGUUUUUGAUACGUUUUCAAAUUUAAAAGUUUAAAUAAACCAAGAUUGCUAUGCUUUUAAACAAUGUGGAAAAGCCUAAAUCAAGGGUUUCCAAUCUUUUCAGCCUGCGACCCCCAAAAUCACAGUACUGCAGACUGGCAACCCCCUUUUGGCAGGUGGGAUGUUAUUAUUUUUUUUUGGGGGGGUGGAUGGGGGGAAUUGUAAAGAGUCCUUACAAUCUAAAGUGUAGCCUUCCACCUGCAUUAAAAUGACGAAUGUUGGGCAUCUUGGAAAGUUAUAUUUGGUACCUGUUUCACAAAUAAAGAAAUACUAAAUCUUCUUAGCACAUCAGCAUCUAAUCAUUAACAUUAUUCUUGUGUGACAUCAUGAGAAAAAUCUAAAAGGAUCAACUAUGAUAUGGGGAAGAGACUAGUCGCCCUCCAGAAGCCCGGUUCUUUCACAAUUAUCUGUUCAAAUAAUUCUAACGGUCAGGGUAAAGGAGGUCUGGAGGCCGGCUGCGGCAGAACUUUGCAGGUUGGCGGGGAAAGGCGUCUGGAUGCCAGAGACGCAGGAACAACUGAAGACAUGAAGCAGAAAGUUGAAGCUUGGGAGCAAAUGGGUCUUUGUAAUGAGCAAUGACUCUAAUCAUACUGAAAAAGUAGUUACAAAGUGGGGUGAAGACAAAAUUUCAAGCAAACACUUGUGAGAGGCUUGUGGAAGGAUGUCCAAAAUGUCCAAAAUAGUUUACCAAAUACUAAGGAGGGUGGGGUGGGGAUGUAUCACUAUUUUGUCAAUUUCAUAAUAAAUAGAAAUAAUUUAGUCAGUUUUAAUAUUAGAAAAAAAGUGUUACGAUUUUUAUAGUAUUGUUGUUAUUACUGGCCAUAUUUAUAUCUACAAUGACUCUAAUCCAUGAUAUCUAUAAUUGCUGUAGGUGCCAAAUGAUAAAGACUAAAUGGUUUAAGUUUAUAUUUGAGCACUCUUUGAAAUGUCUGAUGAAGGAAAUAUUGUAGUAUUUAAAAAUAUAUAUAUUUUUUCAUACCCAUUAUGUUGACCAAACUGUAAAAAAAAAAAGAAAAAUCUCCACAUAUCUAUUUUUAAAAUUGCUUUGUAUUAUGAAAUUACAAGGGGGAAAAAAAACUGACAGUGGGAGGGUAAAAAAAAAAAAAAGAAGUACAGAUCAAAAAAUAGUCUAGACAUUUGCAACGACAUUAUUUAGAACAACAAAACAAAACUCCGAACUAGUGCGUCGCUCAGUGGGCUAGUCUGAUCUGAAGCAGCGAGUAUUUUGUGUCCGGCAUGCAUUCAUUUGUGGACAAGUUGCUGCUCGGCGUCAAGAGUUGGUAGAUUGUGUUGUGUGGAGACAUUAGCGAAGGCAAAAGAUGGCAAAAUGUUGUUAACAUGCGACCAUUUGAAAAUGAUGCGGCACAAAGUGUUUCUGAUAUAUGGCCGACAACACUAAAGCCGGCGCCUGCAGCAGCCACGUGAAGCAAUAAUUAUCAGGUGUAUGCAGGGAGACAGAAAUCAUUUUUUUUGUUUGUUUUUUUAAGGAAUUAAAUCUUAAGCAGUCCCAUGUAGACACGUUAACAUGCUACGAGGUGUAAUUACAAGUUAAUAAUGCAUACAUGCAUUGUUAUAUAACUGGUAGAGCUCUUGUAGCCUGCACGUAUCGAAGGUGUUGUUCUCGCCGAGCUUCAGAGCUCAAGCUCUAGUUUCGGGGCUAAAUAAAGCAGAUUACGCCAGCCUGACGCCCACACGACUGGUGUCCAACUCUCCAGUCAAGGCUCCGGUUCUUGCAUAAUAUCAAGACAUUUAGAAAAAUUGUGUGACUCUAGCCGCUCCGACGGAGAGGUUGUCCAGGUGCUGUUUCUCUGCAGAGUCAUGGAUUGUUGCAUCUGCAGUAAAUACGCAGACGCAGGCACACAAACAGUUACGGUGGUGAGUGUGUGUGUGUGUGUGUGUGUGUUCAGUGUCCAGUAACAUAAAGCCAAAGCAAUCGAUUUAGUUGUGUUUAUUUAACCUUUUUUCUUAAAUUUUCAAAACUCACAAUUGUGUUUAAGCCUUCUCCUGAUUGAUUCUGUUUGACUGAAUCAUUCUAAUACUAGAACUUAAACGCAUUAUUCCACAGACCCCGAUUCAAAAAGCGUGUUUCUGUUGUUUUUCUUGGUCAGCUAAAUCAUUCCUGGCAGUGUUCAUGCCACCAUGCCAAACAUUCUGUAUGCUUGAGUAAUGUCUUUUUUUUUUAUUACUAUAAUAAAUACACUAUUCUCUGUAUUUGUAUUCUCCUGUCAGUUAUAUUUUCAACUGGUUUCUUUACUGAUGUAUUGAUGAUUUUGUUUUUACUUGAACAUGAAAUGCGUCAUUCUCUUCAACAUUAAGUUACUUUGUGUAUGUUCUGUUAAUGUCUGAAAGUUAUGAAGUACAUUUUGUACCAUGAUCACUUCUAUCCCGAGCGACUCACUUUGCAGUAAGUCUGAGCUUAUCAGAAAGCGGUAUGAGUUUCAUCAGUGGCAGCCUGGCUCUCUCAGCUGAAAUAAACAUGACCCAAAAUUGUCUUAAAUGUCCACAUUCAUAGAGGGGAAAAAAAUAAUCUCGCCAUGCCCCCCUUUCUGUUAAGCGUUCCUUUUCUGGAAGCGGUAUAUUUGAUCACAGGUUUUCAUAUUUAUUUAUUCUUUGUUCUGUUUCAAGGCACAUCUUGACAUGGACAGUGUUUCAACCCUGUUGUUGGGAUCAGGUGUUCUGCUGUAUUUUAGGGUGCUCGAUGACAGCUGUUGGUUUCUGGCUGAUGUUUAGGGCACAUCGUCUGUCUUACAUACUGUAAAUAAAAACAAAAGAAAACACCAAGUAUCUUUACAAUUACAAAAAAAA